GCGGUCGCUCGCCCGGGGCAAUAGUGAAAGUACGCCGGCCACGAUAUUAGCAUAGCGUCGUUAUUAUUACGUCCGCCGCUUUCCUACCACUCCGCCGAUAUUCUUGCGACCGCCGCGUACACCGCACCUGUUGUCGGGCCGUCGUUCGUGCGGCAAGCACAUUGAAACGCCGUCAGCGGACCAGCGCGCACACGACUCCUACUGCUACCGUACACGCCGCAUUCGCAGACGCACGAAGACGAAACCAAAAAGGUAAAUUGCUUACGGUCAUUACAACGUUCGGGCUAUUGUUAAUAUGCACGCGCGCGGAUUCGGUUUUUUCGUUCCGGCGGUACCCGACGAAAUAAUAUAACGACGGCAGUCGCGUCGCGCACGCGCCCGGAAUCGUUUUGAGGGACGGGGUGUUCGAGUGUAUUCCGAUCGCCACGUUCGAACAACGGUCGGUCGGCGGCCGGUUCGUUUCGGUUCGACGAUACACUGCGAUAUUUUUAGCGAAUGAUCGUCCCGUCGGAAUGCAUGCGGCCGCAGAGGGACCGUUUCGGCCGUCGAACGGUUUCGGUGUUUUUAUUUUUGCUACCGAACGUUUCGGAUGUCGUUCGGCGAACGCCGAAUUCGACCUGCUGUCGCAGCGGUACACGCACGCAGCUGUUCGCGCAGCCGACCGUUUGCUGUUUUGCUCGUUAUAUCGCCGUCGUUUCGUUCGUAUGAAAAAUGUUUGUUUGCGUAGCAGAUAAACGGCGUACCGUCAUAGUACCUACACCCAUUUUUACGCAUCGGCGCGAGUUUAUCGGCGGAAUUCGAAUUCCGCAUAGGUACGCGGAUGGAAAGUUUUUUUCGAAUAGAAAUCGCCGUCACCGUCGUACGUUUCGCCGCGAGUUUCCGUGUACUGGCUGAAAUAGAAUGUGAAAAAUAUUCCAAAACUCGUACGCGUCGUGUAUGACGCAUACAAAACACCCGCGAUAUCGUUUAUGGUAGGCGUUUUUACGAAAACGGGCGAUGGAACGAAUAUUCGGUUUGCGCAUUAAACUAUUAAUUCGGCAAUUUCGUCACGGUUAUUAUGACGUAUGAUCGUCUAAAAAUGCGAAAAAGACAUGGUGUUUGUUAUAUAAUUAUACUAAUCGAGCCAUUUAGAAAGCCCGCAUUUAGGUUAGGCCGUUUCGAGUGAUUUAGCCGUUUGGCAACCGCGCCGUUUUCAUAAUGCCAUUAAGCAUUGUUUCCAGAAUUUAAUUCGCUUGCAUUGAAAACCACACGGAAUCGACUCGAGCCGUUCUUCUUCCCCGGGACCAAAGAUAGUGUAUAGUGACGUUCGUAAUAAUAAUUUGCCAAUUUUGCGUCGUCCGUUUACUGCGUUGUAUUAUUACUAUCUUUCUGUAUUUUUUCGCCUCUCUCGUUUUCACGCUCCAGUUUUAUAUUUCAACGAAACAAAUAUUAUUACUCGUGAUCGGUACCUGUAUAGGAACACACCGUACUCGUUUUUCGCUAAUCAUCUGCACCGUGCGACAUGCGCGCAAUUAUUAUUAACUAUGUAUACAUAUAUAUAUAUUGUAUAUUUAGGUAACGCGGCGACACGUUAUAUUCGAACAAAAAUUAUUAUUUGACUCGUAUUUCCGGUUGUUACGUCGUAUAAAAUAAUAUAUAACGAUUUUACUUAUACCUAUGUGUAUAACAUGACGUUUCUCGCUUUCUGACGACCGUGUGCGCAAUGUUAUCGUUAAAAUCGAGUGUAUUAUAUUGUUAUAAUGUUAUUACGCGUAGGUAAAAUAAUAAUAAUAAUAAUAAAAAAAGCGUAGAAAUUAUAUAGAAAGUAUAUGUUUUGUCGACGUUGUAUUUUAACGCGCGAUGACUAAUAUUAUUAAUUAUUAUCGUAGCUGAUGCGCACAACUUUUCAUUUUCAAGGUUAUUUGUCUACAUAAUAAUCUUCGGCGGACCUAUAAUUGGUACAGUGUCCGUUUUCUGUCGGUUAAAAAAUGAUUCUCGUGCAGCGUGUAUGCCUACACGUCAGUCGACGAUUACAAACAAUAUGUUUUCGAAGGCGCAUAAUAUACUAACCUAUUAAAUCAUACGGCCCCGAUAAACAUAAUGCAAGACACUUGUUAUUUCCGGAAAGUAUUACACAUUUUGUUCGGGAUUUGUUAACAAUCGGCUUUUAAAUGUUACAUUACCGUAAUUUUUUUUUCACUGUCCACUUUUGAUUUCAAAACAGCAAGCAAUAUUAAAAAUGUCAUAAAUAAAUGGAAUUUCGUUUUAAAUAAAACAUUUACUGUUGGAAAUUUUCAAUUUCCGUCAACCCGUUUGCCGAGAUAUUCCCCUUUUAAAUUUACGCUUUUGCUGGUCGGUGGGGAUUAGCGGAGCACUAUUCAAACGCGGCGAGCCGCGCUCACACACAAAUGAUACUCCACUAGCCAAAUUUAAAAGUGUUAUAUCUCGUUAAUAUCAACAUUUAUUCAAACCAAACUCCAUCUUUUUAUAAAAUGUUUUAUAUAGUCCGCUAUUUAAAAACAUAAAAACUUGGUAGAGAUUUCACCUCGUAAAACAAGGGUAAUCAAAAAUAACGAUAAUUUAUUUAAUUCUUACGGACGUAAAGUCUAUAACAGCAAUAUAAUUUGUAUACGAUGAUAUUACAUGGCACUUAAUGACUAAAUUUAAAUUGCUCUUAAAUUCAAUAAGUUGGUCGUUGCUAAAGAAAAAUAAAAUAACCCUACACAUUAUUUACAUAAAUACACCUUAAUAUUAAUCAUGGCCAAUAAUUCAGGGCUAUUUAUCGGAUUAUUGAGUAUUUUGUGCAAACAAUUAAAGUGAACAUUUUUUUCUUCUCGCUUCUAAAGUAUCUGAAUGUGAACAAUUAAGAAUCUACAUACCUAUAUACGGUGAAUGUGAUUAUGUAUACGACACAAAUGUUACAUUGUACAAUAAUAGUAUUUAAUAUUGCAUUUUAAAGCUACUUAUUUCUUAAACGGUCUAAAAAACAAACUUCGAAUUACGUUUCCGAUAUAACGAGUGUCUUACACUAUGUUGAUCACUCAGUAUUCUAUUGUAGUAUUAUUAUAGUGUUAUAUAUAUGCUACCAAGUGGAUAAUUUUUAUUUUAAUUCUCAAUAUAUACUUGCAGUGUUUGAAAUGAAAUAAUAUUUUAUUCCGACAAAGCCAUCGUGGUAAACGUUGAUAACAGUUGGCGAUUUAUCUUCCGCCUCCUCCAUAAAUCUAUUUUUCACACGUCUGUAUUAAAACUUGCGCCAUCAUUGCCGAUGCACACGUAUACAUGUUACGAUAUUAUAACCAAUUUGUAUGUUCGAUUUCGCGGAUCAUCGUGAAAAUUAUCUCCUCGCUAUAAUAAUAUGACUAUCGUAAAACUGAGUUUAUUUUUGGUUUAUCGAAGGACGUGCGUAGUGUUUCGUCAUUUUGGAGUCUGCAUCAUGAACGGCUCGAUGGUGAACGUCGCAAGGACUCGCCGGCGGGCUUCCGUUUAUGACCACAACAAAAGGCUACCCACCAUAAUUGUAAAAUAUUUCCGAUUAACACCUAAUGUAACUUUAUCGAACAUUAGUGCAGUAGAUUUAUAAUUUUAACACAGAUGAAAAGUGUGCUCACCGAAGCUGAUUUCAUCGUGUUUACUCAUGGGGUCGACAUUGAUAUUAUUAUUAUAUUCUGCAGUGAUAUAAUUUUAAAACUAAAUAAAUACUAAAUUUAAUUAUCUAGUUAAAUUUCAAAAAUGUGUUUAAUAGAUAUAUCCUUACCAGUAUGGGUGCGAUGAUUUUUACCUAGAAAUACCGAUUUAAUUUUCCACCCACUACAAACCGAAAAUACCCCCACCCUAUCACAAAUGUAUUUAAAUUUGUUAAAUUUCAAUAAAAUUCGUCAAAUUUAUCAAAAUCUAAAAUUCUUUUAAUGACUUUUGGUUUAUAAAAAUAUCAUAAUUUUUUGUUAUAUUUCUGAAUAUUUAGGCACCCACGUCCAACCCACCCGUUUUUUUUUUAUGAAUUACUUGAUUCAAAUAUACUUGAAUAUUCGAGCCGCCACUGAUCCCUACAGUCUUACGCGAAUUCAAGUGGAUUGUUAUGUAAAACGCAAUUUAAGACGGUCGCACUCACGAUUGACAAAUCUAGAGCGUUUUUCGAUGAGAAAACUUAAAAAAUAAAAAAAAAACAUAUUUUAUCGGUUCUACUGACACCUUUGAGAUACGAAGGUAUUUUUAUUUUUUUGAAGGUUAGGUCAGACACAUUGCCCAACUUUAAUGGGUCCGGCCGGUAAUAAUAAUAUUUCGUCCGACGACGGUUUCGUGCGGUCGGCCGUACACAUAAUAGUUAUGCAACGGCCGAUUAUUUUGAUCGCGCACAUACAACGGGUAAGGUAGCCAAACGCACUUUCUCUUUCGCCAACGACACUCGAAGACGUUUACGGAUACAUACCUAUGUGUACAAUACGCGCGAGCACCGUCAGUAAUACGACCGCGGAAACGACCGGGUUUUCGUAAACGAAAAUUAAUCCACACAUUUUGCGAAUACUUAUGUUAUAUUAUUAUACACCGGGUACGCGAAGGUACACAUUUUGAAAAAAAACGUUUCCGUUUUUUCCUCAGCCGACAAAAUGACUCUCGUACAACCAACCGUCGAGAUGCAACAGCAUAUUCGUUCCGAGCUCAACGAGGACCUGACCACCCGUGAAAAAGAUCUGGAACACAUCAAGGAAUGGUUACAGAUGCAACCGCACUUGCCCCAGUUUCAAGGUAAGCUAUAGACUUUAUGGCACCUGACACCUAUUAAAGAGAGGAGGGCGGUGUUUUUUUACACAAUUUAAUUCCCGUGAGUUUAUUAUCACCUACGAAUAAAAAUAUACAUUAUACCCAGGUAAAAUAAAAUGUGCACUGUAUCGAUAAGAAUUUUUCAACGUUUAGACGUUUUGUGGCGACACUGAUUAAAUAAUUUUUAUUUAUAAUAGAUGGUUUAUGAUUUGAUAAAUGAUGACUUUUUAAAUUGUAUUAUUAGUAUUUAGUAUUUUGUAGAACGCACACACGGGCCAAGAGGGGAUGCAGUCUACAUGUCGCUCCCCUCUAAAAUCCCCAGUGACAAUUGGAAGGUACUUUUAAAUAUUUCAACUGUUCUCGUCACUUCAAAACUAUAAUCGCUAUUGUGUAGUAACAGUAGAAACAGUAUAGGUACUAGUAUCUAGUAUUCUAGUAGAAAUUUCCUAAUCCACAUGCUGUGGUAAAAGUUACAUAAUAUCACAGACUAAACAUAAUUUGCGUCCGUCAUUAUUGUGUUUGUAUAAGUAUACCUACGCCAAAAAGACUGUACACUUAUACAAACGGUAAUUUAUUUGCUGGAAAAAAAAUAAUAUAAUAACAAGACGAAUUGUAAUAUAAAACGCAUCACAUAAUUGAAAAAAUCACGUUACGUAAAGUCCGAUAGAGUACAUCGUGUAAAAUAUAAAAUAAGUUGUACGGUAAUACUAUUACUAUGCUGUACGCUUACAGUAUGGAUACUCAUCGUAACGUUUACGAUUUCAUUAAAAAUUGCACGUGGAAAUUAAUCGACUUUCAUACAUAUAUAAAUAUAUAAGAUGUUGUCUAUCGAAUCAUCACAACUACUACGCCCGCCCUUAUGGUGAUACCUCCCCCACCCCUAACUGCUGGCUCCAUAACUCUCUUUAGUACUCCUCACUAUUUAUCCCAACAUCCUUCUAUCAAUAAUAUCACAUUUACUUGUAUUACUAUACAAUUAUACUUGCGCGUAUCUUAUCUUACGUUGUUUUUUCCGGAAAAAUUUCUAAAACUUCCGAUUUUAAUUAAAAAAUAAAAUAUAUAUUUACAAGGUGAUCCAUUUAGCAUCCUCACCCCAUUUGUAUAGUAAAAUUUUGUAUACAUUCAAAUUAUGAUUGAUAGAAUUUUUAAGUGUAGUUAAAGCCGAUAUUUUCGAAUACUUAGGUUUUUCACAAUAUUUCAGAAGUAUCUUGUAACAAUAUCAACUUUGUUUUUUCAAACGAGAACCUACAUGUUUUAAUGCAAAUUGUAUAUUAGAUGAUUUUUUUAAAAACUUUCGAAUCUUUAUCAUUGGAAUUUGAACAAAAAGUUUCUGAGUUAUUCUACUUUAAAAUACUAAAGACUUUAAAUAUUCCACUAUUCUCCCCCUACCCAAACUUAAAAGUAGAAUAACUCGUCAACGGAUUUACGGAAAGCAAAAAUAUUAGCAUUAAAAUUUGUUUAAAUUAAUACUUCAACUAUUUAUGGAAUUUUUAAUAUAGGUUCUCAUUUUAAAAACCAAAGUCGGUAUCGAAUCUCCUUAAAUAUUGUGAAAAGUAUACGUAAAUGUCAACUUUAACUAUAGACUUAAAAAUUAUAAAAAUAAAAAUGUUAAUACAUGCAAAAUUAAACCAUAAAAAUUAGUUUAGCAUGCUUAAUGGAUCACUCUGUAUAAAUAUUUUUUUAUGAGCUAUUUAAAUUUAACAUAUUCGUUUAGUCUUCUGUAUUGUUGCCGGUGUAAUUACCUACGAUAUAUAUUAAAUCAAAUGUUAAUUGUGUCUCCUUUCAGAUGAUGUCCGUCUCAUGACGUUCCUCCGAGGAUGCAAAUUCUCACUAGAAAAGACCAAGAGGAAACUGGACAUGUAUUUUACAAUGCGAGCAGCGGUACCCGAAUUCUUCGCCAACCGAGACCCAACAUUACCAGAAAUCAAAGAAGUGAUGAAAACUGUGUACGUAAUGUUAUCAUCCCAUUCGCAAUUAUAUUCUUUAAUUGGCUUAUACAAAAAUAGAAUAGUUUAGUCUUACUUAGCAGACAUAUUAUGCAUAGAAUAAUUUCAUAUUUAUUUUUUUUUUUUGUAGUUUUUUAACCUUCUUAAGCAUACAUUUUGUAUGAGCUGUGGGAAAACGUACAAUUUCAAGAUUUCAUUAUUUUAUAAAAACAUGGACGGCGUUUUCUAUAGAAAAAAUGAUUUAAUCGAAAAAUCGCAGGACACCUUUUUUUAUUACCUUUUUGAUUUAAUUUCUUAUGGUAUCAUCGCCAAAACUUUUGAACCACGUCUAAGCUUUUAAGAAAUUUUAAUUUUUGAGAGUUUUUGCUAUAAUUCGGUUAUAAAUACACGUAGAGACUUGAAAUUUGUAAUAAUACUUAUAUUGAACUUACUUAGACGUCGUAAAAUUUCCAAAAUUAUCGGACGACUCUUCUUUUUUUUUUUUAAUAAGCGUUUUGAAAUUAAAUAUAAACGAAAAUCGCACAAAAAAUUACGGCAUUUCCAAUUAUGUACACUAGGUACUACGAACUCCGCUCAAAAUCGUCUUUUGUUAGUAAUGGUUUAUCGUUGCUUAAAUGUAAAAGUUAAAUAAAUGUAUGUAUCCUAUCUUCCCAACUACCAACCUACAACAGUGGCCGCACCCAUCUUCAGUAUCAGCUCUUUUUUUAUUAAUUUUUCAUGUACCUAUUUCAUUCUACAGAAAUGUACCGCCACUUCCCGGUCUGACACCAAACGGACGUCGUGUAGUCAUGUUGCAUGGACUGGAUGUAGACCAGAUCUCUGCAACCGUGGUCGACGGUAUGAAAGUAGUAUUGAUGAUCGGUGACAUAAGAUUGAAGGAGGAACAUAUCGGCGUGGCCGGAGACGUGUACAUUUUGGAUGCUUGCGUGGCUACACCACAAAAUUUUGCCGCCCACUUUGCCAAGUUCACGCCAACUUUGCUCAGAAAGUUCCUCACCUGUGUACAGGUAUACUUAUAUUAAAUAUUUGUAUAAAACUUACAACGGAACACACAAUUACGGGGUAGUAAGAUUUUGACACCUUAAAAGGCUGAUCUAACUUGUGUAAUAAUUCCUUUUUGCUAUAAGAAACUAUAGUAGUUUAAAUAGCAAAUUCCUUACAUACAUUAAACCUAACUACCAUAACGCAGUUGCUAAAAUUUAUUUACUUGUCCAGCUUUUCGUUAAUGCCUACCGAAUAUUUAACACCAAACUUAGUUUUCGGAUAAGCAUGUUUUUUUUUUCAAAUUCAAUAUUACAUUUUAUAAAAUACGUAUAUAACAUGUAUAUUUUUGUAUUUAAUAAAAGUUUUAAAAUUAUGGAUUAUUAGCUUGAGUACAAUAUUUAUGUUACUUCUUAUUAGCUAAGGUAUUUAAUUUUUACAGUGUUAGAAAUUCAUUAUAGGUUUAGUUUUUGUUAAUAAUUUCAUGAUUUUGUUUUCUUUGAGGGCUUUUUUUAUGUUCAGUGAUAUAGAGAAAUUGAUUCUUGUGUCGCGGUACUUCGUACAACCUUAAAAAUUUGAUGGACGGACAGAACAAGUGGGCAUUUAUCGCAUAUAGAUGGUGGGUUUUUUUUGAAAAUAAUGUGUUGCGAAGGAGUAUUCUAUUCUGGUUCUUGUAAUGACAUCUACUUAUCGUUUGUUAAAGUGAUGAGAAAGAGCAAUUUUUUAGUAUUUUUCUUAAUAGUUUUAAGUUUAGUGAAUGGGACGGAGUUUCAAUAAUUUUGUCAUAUCGUGUAUAUUUUUAGUUUGAUGGUUGAUUUGAUUUUAUUUGUUGGCAUAAUAAUAUUGUUUUAUAUUUUUUUUGCAUUUUACCAUUUAUAAAGAUUAAAUAAAUUCAUAAUAUUACGAUAGUAAGCUUGAAUAAACAUAAUGCGUAGGCACAGAGAAUGCGUAGUAAAUAGUAAUAACUAAUAAUAAUAAAUAAAAAAAAAUAGUUGACAUUUUUUUCCUUGUUAAUCGUUUUUCAUCCUAUUUCAGGAAGCCUAUCCAGUUAAAUUGAAGGAAGUACACGUAAUAAACGCUUCAUCUCUUGUUGACACAAUAAUCAACUUUGUGAAGCCUUUCCUUAAAGAAAAAAUUCGCAACAGGGUAAGUGAUUAAAGUUUUGCUCUUCACCAAAAAAUGUAUUAUGUUCCGAUUCUGAAUUCACUACUGAUUUGAAUCCGGUCGAAUGUAUAAUGUAUAAUAUAAUUAAUACGAACUAAAUGUUUCGUUAAAUUUUUUUCUCGCACAGAUCCACGUACAUUCGAAUGUAGAAACGCUAUACGAAUACGUGCCAAAAGACAUGUUACCAGAGGAGUACGGAGGUCAAGCCGGACCGAUAGCUGAAAUAAACCGUAAAUACUUGACGAAAUAGUAUAUUAUUUUCGUACUUACGGAUAAUUUAAUUUUUUUCCCCGUGUGCACAUAGGCCAGUGGUAUGAGAAAUUAGUGACCUACAAGGAUUGGUUUAAGGAUCAGGAGAAAAUCAAAACCGACGAGUCCAGGCGUCCCGGAAAACCCAAGACCAACGACGAUCUUUUCGGGAUGGAAGGUUCCUUCAAACAGCUCUCUAUCGAUUGAGCGCGUUAACAUCGUUAUUUUUUUAUAUAUAUAAAAGUAUUUUACGUAUUCGUAUUUUUUUAUAUUGUUAUACAAUUUAGUGGAUACUUCACAAAAACUGGGUGGUAGCGCAUGUUUACAUAAUAUUAUUAUUUUAUCGUAUAAAUCUCACACCACAGUUCCGAAUAUAUUGUAUACAUUUUUUAUUAUAUUACUACCUAUGAUCGCAUUAACGGCGAUUCAAAUAUUUUGUGUAUACAACAAAAGAUAGGACCCUAUAAUAAUACUAUUAUUACUUAUAUUGUCCUAUACACGAGCAUUAAUUUUCUUACAUAUACUCUUAUAAUAUAAUAUAUUAUAUCUGUAAAACCAUGCGGCACCUACGAUAGUAGGUACUAUCACGUUGACUUUUAGAAUAGUUUAUUUUUCAAUAAAUACCUAUACUUUAUUUUAUAUUCGAUUUUAAACACGAUAAGAUAUUAAGAUAUCAUCUAUAAUCUCUAGAUUGUAUUUUUAUUUUUAUUAUUAUUUUACCUCUUUUAUACCAAAUUAAAACUUUGCAACUACAAUAUUA